AAGUCCCCCUGUUUACUCUGGGAGCAUGGGAGCGGACACCAUGACUUUGGUCCUUGCAUGGGGGAUCUCCAUUUUCAAACCUUGCCACCGCAAAGUCUGUUUUCAAGUCUGAAAGAAGGUAAACUGUGUGCAAGCUCAGUGGCUUAGAAAGGAUAUAAUUUCAAAAUGCUGAGCUCCAGAGCAUUUCUGUUGCAGGUGUGUUUGAGUCUGGUGGUUUCUACUGGCUCCUGUACCUGUAAACCUCUCAAUAAUGACAUCCAAAGCAAGGACCAAGAGGGAUUCUAUGCUCAUCUCUCAGAGGAGGACCUUCUGGAUGAGGAAGAUAUGGACUUGAGGAUGGAGAACGUCCUGGGAACCAUGAAGGAGGGAUUUUUGAGGAAACUCAACCUGUCAGAUGUUCCUCAGGAGCACAGCAAGAUCUACCCUCCACAGUUCAUGAUGGAGCUCUACCACAAGUACGCCUCGGACAGCUCAGCAAUCCCUCAGUCUGAUGUUAUACGAAGUUUCACUGUCCAAGGUAUCACUUUCUCUUUGACAAAUGGCACAAAGUCAAAACACAGACUGCAGUUCAACAUCAGCAUCCCCAACCAUGAAAAGAUUACCACAGCUGAACUACAGCUCUUCUUCUUCCUGCAUGCCAGGUCAAGGGUGACCUCCCACCGUGUCAAGGCCACCGUCAAAGUCUAUGAGGUGGAUCACAGUGAUUUGACAUCCACAACCCAAUUACUGGUUGGCAAAGAGGUGACAGGCUUGCAGAGCAUGUGGACGACGUUUGAUGUGACCACAGCUAUUCAGAGCUGGAUCAAGUCAGGCAAUGGAGCAACUGUUUUUGAUGUAGUGGUGGAUCGGAAGGACUGUGGGGCUUCUGACAGUGGAGAGGAAGGAGCAGGCUGUUUAAAUAUGAGCAUGUCUCUUGGAGAUAACACUUCAGCAGCUUUAAUAGUCUUCUCAGAUGACCUGGGUAACAGGAGGAGGGAGACAAGGAAGGAACUAAGAGAGAUGAUCCUCCAUGAAGAAGAAACCAUCUUACACUCGGGUGCUGACUGGAACAGAGGAGAGCAACUUCCAAAUGAGAUCCCAGAAGCCCAGCAUCCACGGAGAAACAAAAGAAAGGCAGAGAGGGAAUACUGCCGGCGGACCUCACUCAAGGUCAACUUUAAGGACAUUGGCUGGGACAGCUGGAUUGUGGCGCCUCCAGAAUAUGAUGCCUUUGAAUGUCGAGGUCUGUGUUACCACCCGCUGACGGAUGAAAUGACCCCGUCCAAACAUGCCCUCAUCCAGACACUGAUCAACAUCAGGGACCCCAAGAAGGCCAACAUGGCAUGCUGCGUCCCCAUCAAACUGGACCCCAUCACGGUCAUGUAUCAGGAGAAUGGACGUCUCACUAUAAGAUACCUGUAUGAGGAGAUGAAAGUGGCAGAGUGUGGCUGCAGGUAGUUGGAGAGGGUCAGUUUGCUUUGGUGGAAGCACAGGUGAUUGUAAUGGUUCUAAAGCUGCAUUUUAUUCAAGUCAGUCUGAUGUUCAGAGCUAAAAAGGUUGUAUAACAACCACCAUGCUCACCAUUGGUCCAGUCGAAGAGAAGAAGCCCAGAUCAAAGAAGAAACAUUGAUGCGUCCUGCUGCCUAAACAUUGUCUUUGUAAAAUACUUCUUCCUAUGCGAUAGCAUAAGUUACAUCUGUGAUAUUUUAUAACAAUACCCAGAGUCUACAGCCAUACUAGCAGCUCUGUGAGGCUGUGCUUAGAUGCAACAGUGCUUUCAGCUAAAUGCUAACAUCAGCAUGCUAACAUGCUCACAAUGGCAAUGCUAACUUGCUGAUGUUUAGCAGGUAUAAUGUUUAUCAUGUUCACCACCUUAUAUUGGUGUGUUAGUUUCCUAACAUUUGCUAGCACCAAAUACAAAGUACAGCUGAGGCCGAUGAGAAUGUUAUAAGUUUUUCUAAGUUUUGCAGUUAUUUGGUCAUAAACCAAAAUGCUGAAUCAAAAGAAGUGCUAGAUGAAAAGACAAAGUUAUUAAAAUUCACAUUAAGUCAUCCAAAAGUUGAAGAGAUUUUUUUUUUUUUAAAUGUCAACCUCAUUAUGGCGCUAAAUGAACUCCAGGAAUCACCAAAGUAGGUAGGCUUCAUUCUCUGAGGGCCACGAAUGUCUGUACAAAGCAUCAUCACAAUUCAUCCUGUAAUUGUUGACAUAUUUCAGUCUGGACCAAAGUGGUGGUCAAAAUGUCUGUUACUGUGAAUAGUUAAGUGAGUACAAUAUUAACUGAUCUCCAAAAGGCAUCAAGUUAAAGAUUACAUAUUCUUUCAACAUUUUAACAAGAUUAUUGUAUUAUUUUGUUUUUGUACAAUUUUAGAGUGUAAAAAAAAGGAAAGGACCACCAUACAAAGGUUUUGGCACCCCAUGAGAUUUGAGUUCUCAGAUAAUUUUACCAAGGUCUCAGACCUUAAUUAGCUUUUUAGGGCUAUGGCUUGUUCACAAUAAUCAUUAGGAAAGGCCAAGUGAUGCAAAUUUCAAAGCUUUAUAAGUAUUCGGCCUCCUCAAACCUCAGCCCAACAAUCAGCAGCCAUAGGCUCCUCUGAGUUGCUGCCUACAAAUCUGGUGCACGUUUCUACUGUGCUGCAACACCUGCACAAAUAUGACCUUCAUGGAAAAGUCAUUGGAAGAAAAUCUUUCCUAUGUCCCUGCCAUAAAAUCCAGCAUCAGAAGUUUGUAAAAGAACAUCUAAACAAGCCUGAUGCAUUUUGAAAACAAAUCCUAUGGACUGAUGGACUUAAAUAUAACUUUUUGGCUGCAGUGAGCAAAGUUAUGCUUGGAGAAAAAGGGUACAGAAUUUCAUGAAAAGAACACCUCUCUAACUAUUAAGAACAGGGGUGGACCUAUCAUGCUUUGGGCUUGUGUUGCAGCCAGGCACUGGGAACAUUUCACUGGUAAAGGGAAGAAUGGAUUCACUUAAAUAUAAACAAAUUCUGGAAGCAUCACACCGUCUGUAAGAAGCUGAAAAGAGGAUAACAACAGCAGAGUAAUGAACCUGAACCCACCUCAAAAUCCUCAGUGGACUACCUCAAGAGGUGCAAGCUAAAGGUUUUGCGAUGGCCCUUACAGUCCCCCGACCUAAAUAUCAUCGAUCAUCUGUGGAUAGACCUCAAAAGAGCGGUGCAUGCAAGACGGCCCAAGAAUCUCACAGAACUAGAAGCUUUUUGCAAGGAAGAAUGGGCAGAAAUCCCUCAAACAAGACCUGAAAGACACUUAGCUGCUAUAAAAAGCCUUUACAAGCUGUGAUACUUACCAAAGGGGGUGUUACUAGGUACUGACCAUGCAGGGUUCCAAAACUUUUGAUUCAGGCCCUUUUCAUUUUUUCUUAUUUUGAAACUGUAAAUGAUGGAAAUAAAAAACUUCAUGCCUUUCGGAAAUCAGGU